AUGGCUGCAAAUUUUCCUCAUGGUCUUUUCCUUUGGAUUUUUGUAGCUUUUUGCUCGUGUUUGUUUAGAUUUUCCUCUUGCCAACCAAGUGGUUAUUCACAAGCUGUUGCAACAUUUUAUAUAAAUCCUACUAGUCCCGGGAGUGGUGGAGCAUGUGGGCUCGAAAAUGACGUACCAAGCGCUCCCUACAAUGCAAUGAUCACGGCCGGAAAUCAAGCGCUUUUUAAGCAAGGUGCUGGAUGUGGUGCAUGCUACCAGAAUCCGCAUUGUUCAGGGAAUCCAAUAACAUUAACCCUUACAGAUGAGUGCCCAGGAGCAUGCAAUAAUGAUCCGGUUCACUUUGAUAUAAGUGGAAUUGCCUUUGGAAAAUUGGCAAAGUCUGGCGAAGCUUCACAAUUAUAUAAUGCAGGAAGAAUCUCGAUUUUUUACCGAAGGGUAGCAUGCAAUUACAACACAAAUAUCAUAUUUAAGGUGGACAAAGGUUCCAAUCCUAAUUUCUUCGCAGUUACAUCUGAAGCAGUAGAUGGGGAUGGACCGCAUGUGCGUGCUCACAAAAGCGUGAAGCUGGUCGCAGAAGUGACAUGGGGAAAGCUGGCUGGGGAGGCUUCGCAGAAGCGGUUCUACAGUCGCAGAAGCGCGAUCGCAAGUGCGACACUGGUCAUCGCAGAAGCGGCCACUAGUGGCCAAGGCUGUCUUACAG